UGUGGACCAAGAACAGGAUCAGCAACCCAAUCUGGGCGGCGCUUGGGUUUGGUCCGAGCGAACGAGCCCCGAAGGGAUUAUUGUUAGCAGAGCGACUCGGCGAAUUGGGACGUGCGGCGCAGGCCCCCAAGCAAAUUACGGAGGAGAUUCCAAAUUCCAAAUCGGAUCCCGUCAAACUGGAAUUAUUAUUGUCAUCAAAGGAGACGUCUCUAGGCUACUUGAAAUGAUUUCUAAAACUGCAGACGCAAAGUUAUUUAUCACCCCGAUGUCCCAUCGCUCGAGCAGCAUCCCCUGUUUCUCACUCUUGACGUGUUUCCUCUCCUCAGUCUCCUCCAUACUCCAAGCCCUAACUGGCACCAAACCACUUUUCGCACCAACACCCUAACCCCGACCAAUACCUCAACAACCUCAUGAUAAUGGGUCUUGGGGAAUCGUCCUUGGCACGACCCCAAUACGGCAAUGCCAACGAUGUAUACACCGACUUACUGAGCUUCUGCUUUGACGGCCCUGUCCCGUUUGACCAAGAACGGCCAGUAUACAUUGACGCAGAAAACCCCUCGCGUUCUUUCAAUGCUCGACAGUUCAGAACCCUUGUGCGGACCCUGAUUGCUGGAUUGAAGGCCCAUCAUGUGCAGAGGGGCGACUGUGUUUUGGUCCACUUGGGAAAUAGCAUCUUAUACCCCGCACUGUUCUUCAGUGUUAUCGGUGCCGGCGGUGUGUUCAUGGGCUCGAACGCACGCAGUCAACCUCAGGAACUGGAACACAUCCUUUCGCUGGCCGAGCCGAAGCUGAUCGUCACGAACCGCGAUGCGCUUCCGACCGUCCUCGGUGCUUCCUCCAACAAGGGCAUGCUCCCCAGCCAGGUUUGUGUCCUAGACGAUUCCGCAGCAGAACAAAUCGCACAGCUCGUUGGGUCUGGACCAGUGCCGUACCUUGAGAGUGGAGAUGACAACUAUAUGAAUUUCGCUCAUCUUCUUAGAUACGGUGAGAACGACUGGAUUAGGUUCAACAAUGAGAUGAUCGCAAAAUCGACGCCGGCUGCGUUGUUCUCCACCAGCGGCACUGGAGGGCUACCCAAGGCAGCGGUUUUGUCGCACCAUGCGAUAGUAUCGCAGCAUGUGGCACUUGUGCAUGAUGUCCCCUACGAAGUCAGGCGAUUAAUAUCAUUGCCCAUGUUCCAUCUAUUUGGAGCACUUUGGUCACACAUUUUCCCAAUUCGCUAUGGGCAGCCGCUGUACAUCCUGCCCCGCUUCGAGAUAGCCCAGUAUCUCACAUCCGUGUACCAGUACCAGAUUACGGAAACAUACAUGGUCCCCGCAAUGGUCCACUCCUUCAAUCGCUGCAAAUUACCAGUCAGCGAUUACUUCUCAUCCCUCCGCUACGUUGCCGUUGCUGGUGCGCCAAUUGACGGGGCCUCGAUGCAGCAGUUCCGCGAACUUCUUGCUCUCGACGCCUACGCGGCCCAGCUUUGGGGGAUGACUGAAGUAGGAAUCAUUUUCCAGAGCCGCUACAAUGAGGUGACAAACGCAGCCAGUAUUGGCCGGCUCCUAUCCGGGUACGAAGCCCGCCUUGUUGGUGCCGACGGAAACCUUGUCGCAGGCGACAACAAGCCGGGAGAGCUCUACGUGCGCGGCUCGGGGUUGCUCACAUGCUACAAAUACCAAGACGAUUGCAAAGAUGCGCAGGGCUGGUUCCGCACUGGAGACGUGGCAUACGUAAAUAAUGGGCUCUACUACAUCGUCGGACGGACUAAAGAGCUGAUCAAAGUUCGAGGAUGGCAAGUCGCGCCCGCGGAAGUCGAAGGGAUUCUUCUCAAACACCCAGGAAUCGAAGAUGCCGCGGUCACCGGCGUGACUUCCAAAGAUGGCAGCACCGAAGUUCCUCGUGCCUUUGUCGUGCGAUCCAAGACAUUCUCCGGCACGCGCCUUACCGCCGAGGAAGUCUAUCUCUUCUGCCGUCGCCAAUUGGCCUCUUACAAGGCGCUAGACGGAGGUAUUAUCUUUGUCGAGGAAAUCCCGCGCACGCCGAGCGGGAAGAUCCAGCGAUUCAAGCUCACCCAGAUGAACACGUAUCGGGAGAUCGUCAGCUCCCUGCUCGCAAGGUUUCGCGGCGCUAGCCUCCAGAGUGUUGGAAUCAUGCAUGGUGGCAGAAUCUCAGUUUGAUACGACUUCACCACCCUUGAUUUCCCUCGCUCGUUUCCAAUCAGUGACUCUUUAUUGAUGAAUUUUAUGAUUGACUGACUGAUGAUGCACUGAUUAUUCAAUUGUUGAACCUUGGGAGUUCAGUUCAUUCACUCCUUGGCUGCAAUGCAUGGCGUUCUGUAGCUCUUUGUUUUCAAUUCUUUGUUUUCUGAUCAGUGAUUGGGGUAUUUGUUUUUUUUUUUGUUUUGUUUUGUUUUUCUGUCCAAGUUCAAAUGGCGUUGUUUGGUCCAAGCUCGCAUUAGGGAAGUUCAGAUUUUGG